UUUCUCAUCAUAGCCCAGAUAAGCGUCUCUCAGUCUUACUGUCUGUAUCAUCAUCCAAACUUCUAAACAAAAUCAUGGACAUGGAUGCUCGAUAUUAUGCGCCGGAAACUUAUGAAUAUGGGAAUUUCUCGGAUGAUCAAAAGAAUAUGGCAUGUUCAAGUACUGAUGAUAUUUCACCAUUGGAAAAUGAUCAUUAUCCACCAAAAGUUACAACUACUGAGAAAUCAUUUGAUCCAAGAUUACUUGUGUUGUUAGAAUAUUUCAGGGAACUCUACGAACGAAAAGGAGACUUGUUCAGGAAAAUAUUUCCAGGAAUUCAUGACGAGUUUGUCGAAUUUUCCAAGAAAAUUGGCCAAUUGUCGUCCCGCGUGAAAUCUCAUGAUCAAAUGAGAGGUGUGAGAACUAUGCAAAGGAGUUUAAGCGUUGGUUCGCCACGCACUCGUGCCAUAGCAGGCGAUGAAUCGCCAUUGAGGCUUGAACGGUUUACGAUUCGGACGGUAAUUCUGGACGGAAUUUCCCAGGGUGGUGGCCAAGGUGGCAGUCAGCAGGGUGACAGUAACUGACCAAGACUCGUGGGAAGAAAAAAGAAAAGCAGUAGGCAUGCUUCAAAUUUUGUGGCAGCUAUAGUGUAUUGUUUAAUUGAUUUG